AUGCCUGAAGCCAGCAGCCUGCCCAUGGAGGCUUUUCCCUGGGCGCCCUGCUGGCCCCGCCGUGGCCGCGUCCCCGCGCCCGUGGCGGUCGUGCCCAGUGCCCGCUACGUGAGUGCCCAGGGUCAGGCGCACCGGCAGCAAUUCAGCUCCUGGAAGGACUACCUGGGGCUCCUAUGCUCAUCACCAAGGCGGUGGAUGGCGAACCGCGCUUCUGGCUGCGCCCUUGGCGAGGACGGCGGUGGUCCUAAAUUCAACAGGAUGAGCUUCCAGACCGUACCCACACUCCAGGAACUGGUGAUACAGAACGUACUAUGCGAAAAGGACUUGCCCAUCCCCAAUCUGGAGUACCUGCCCAGGGUGCUCAUCCUGCAGUUGUACAAGGAGGCUAUAAUGGGGGGUCACAAGGAGAUGCUAAAGAAGAUGGUGCUGUCCUGCCCCUUGGCCUGUCUGCAUGUGGACUACCUGGUGAAGACAGGAGAUCUGACGGCCUUAAGAACUCUACUGUAUGGGCUAAGCUCGCUGAUUUUCAACAAGGUUCACCCCAGGAAAUGGAAACUGAAAGCAAUCGAUUUUCGAAUGAAUCAGGACUGCCCCAAUCAGUGGUCCAGAGCCCCACUGGGUGCCUGCUCACAAGAGGCCGCGUCUCCAAAGGAAAGAGAGAAAUGCAGCCAAAGAGCAGCGAAGCCACGCUUGAAGAUCUUCAUAGAAUUCUGUCCGGACACAGUCUUCCCAAGAUUACUUUUCAUCCUCACUGAGUGGGUGAUGAAAGCAAGGAGGGUGGUCCGUAUAUACUGCAAGAAGCUCCAGGUCAAUGGUUGCUACUCAGAGUAUACAAUCCCGAGGACUGUGUCCUUUUACUACGUGCGGGAACUGGAGGUGAAUGCUGAAUUCUGGAGUUUGGAAAUAAUGUUCCGUUUUUGUUUUAUCCUGAGCAAGAUGAGGAACCUUCUUGUCCUCCAUUUCUCCAACAUGAGCCCGCAGGUCUUCACCAAGCGCUCCAAAAACAGGUGGUAUUCCCAUAGAUACAGCUUUCAACUGCGGAAGGUGAACAAACUCCGCGAGCUCUACGUGAACAACGUCUUCUUCCUCUGCGGAAUGCUGCACAAAAUCCUCCUGAGUCGGACCCCCUUAAAAACACUCUCGCUGAGAGAUUGUCCGCUCAAGGAGAAGGAUUUAAAGCAUCUGUCCCUGUGUCCGAGCACUGAUCAACUGAAGUGUCUGGAUCUCAGCUCUUUUUCCAUGAAAGAUAUGAGUCCUGAGCCCCUCCGGGUCCUGCUGGAGAAGGUGGCACACACCCUUGAGACCCUGGUCUUAGAGUUUUGUGAGAUAACAGAGUCCCAGCUAAAUGCCAUCUCACCAGCCCUGGGUCACUGUUCCCAGCUCAAAACCUUCAGUUUCUGUGGGAACCAAAUCCCCCUGACUGCUCUUAAGAACCUGCUGAGCCACACCGCUAGCCUGCCGCUGGAACAAGGGAAGUACCCUGCCCCUCUGGAGAUCUUUGACGAAAUCCUCGGGGAUUCUUGGACUGAGAUCAACCCCAUGAAAUUUGACCAGGUUCAGAAUGAGCUAAUUCAGCUGGUGAAGGACAUCAGGCCUGUCCAUGACAUCCAGAUUUAUUCUUACAAUUGUAUUCUUCACUUCAAACGUACAGAUUUUAUUGCCUGA